AUUUAAAUGUUCACAGUGUGAUGCUAGAUUUCGUAAAUCUGAGAACUUAACUGUACAUAUGCUUACAGAAAAUCAUAACAAAAUGUGUAUACAUUGUAAUAAGACAUUUGCUAGUGAUAAGAGACUGCGUCUGCAUCUGCAAAUCCAUAGAAAACUAAAACCAUUUCAGUGUACCAUUUGUAAUAGCAGUUUUCACAUGAAGAAAUAUUUGUCAACACACAUGCUGAAGCAUGGCAACAGGCAGUUUCAGUGUCCUGUUUGUAAGUUCAUGUUUAAAAGACAAGAUUUGCUCCAGAGACAUAUGAAGAACCAUCAGAAUAAGAAAAUGUUUAAAUGCCCUUUUAAAGAAACAUUGGAUUGUAAGAAAGAAUUUUGUCGCAGUGAUAAAUUAAAGUUGCAUAUUAAAUGUCAUACGAAAAAUAUGGCUAAGCUGACAAAUAGUAAAGUCAAAGUUACUCAGGAUGAGACUGCAGAGUUAGUAUAGGACACUAAUGCACAGACUUAUAAUUUAAACAUGUAAGAUUCUUGAAUAUCUAUGUUUAACUUAGUAUUUUCUUGAUGCAAAACAUUAAAACAAUGCAUAUUGCACACUAGAAAAUUACACCAAUGCAACAACUACUUUGAAUAAUCAAAAAAGUGUUAGAAAAGAUAAAGUCAAUAGUAGUUGUACUACCGUGCACAUGAAAGGCUUCUUUCAUAGACAGACAGCAAUAUUUAAUUAACUAGUAAGUCAGUGGUGCCCUGGAACUGGUGUAGAUUGGACACAUUUAACAAAGCAAAAAAAAUAAAAAUGGAGUAUCACAGUUCAUUCAUGAUUUUACUUCUUGUAUCAACAAAUCUAUUACUUUGUGAAGCUCGCCAGUUUCGUGUUACGGAUCAAGUAUAUUUUGACAUAAAAACUGAAGAAAAAGAUCUAGGUCGCGUCGUAAUAGGUUUAUUUGGAGACUUAGCGCCUAAAGCGGUGAAAAACUUUAAAUCUCUGUCUACCACUGGCAUACAAGGGAAGUCUUAUAAGGGCACCUCUUUUAACCGCAUAAUUAAAAGGUUUAUGGUACAAGGUGGUGAUGUAGUAGCAGACGAUGGAACAGGUUCUAUAAGUAUAUAUGGAGAAACAUUUGAUGACGAGAAUUUGGAGACACAACAUACUGGCGCGGGGUUUGUCUCUAUGGCAAAUAAAGGUCCAAAUACAAAUGGCUGCCAGUUUCUUAUUACAACAGUUGGAACACCAUGGUUAGAUAACCUACAUACUGUGGUGGGAAAGGUUGUGGAAGGUCAGAAUAUAAUACACAUGGUGGAGCACACCCCUACGGAUGUUGAUGACAGGCCUACAGUGCGCGUGUACAUCGCUGACAGCGGGCUGGUGCCAACACCGCAACCAUACUACGUGUCUGACGACCCCUACGAUCUGUGGGCGUGGAUCAAAGCGUCAGCAGUGCCACUCACCAUGUCCUUCUCUAUCCUCGGCUUCUUUCAUUGGAUGAUGAGGAAAAUGGAGAUAUGAAUAACUAUGUACAAUUUAUGUUAUUACCCAGUCACUUAAAUAUAUCAAUUUUAUAAAGGAAGGCAAUCUAAAAUCACUCAAAAUAAAAGUUUUGAUUUAAUCAA